AUGGCAAUCGUCAAAGCGCCCAAAAACAUUCGCAUAUCGGUCCCCAGACAUGACGCCCAGUCGCUUGGUCCGAAAUUAGAAGCCGAAAUAAAGAAACAAGCUAAGGAGAAGAAAAUCCGGAUAGAUACCAACCAGCCCGCUCCGGAUUUGGUACAAGCAAUUGAGAGUGCCUCAGAAUGGAACUCGUUGCUCAUAACAGCGCGCGCUGAGCGCGGUCCUCAAUGGGAUAUUGGAACCCAACAGUUCCUUGUAGAAGAAGGCUCAGACUUGUACUAUGAUGCCACACCUCUCUUUGAAUCAGUACGAAAAGCCCUCGAAGCCGAACGCGGUCCUCAAACAAAACCACAAUCUCAACCCGUCCUGCCGCCUCAACAACAUCCCCCGCCGCCACCCCACCCAGCGCAUGGGCCGUAUCAUGGUGGCCACCCACGUAAUCAAACACCCAUGAGAGAGGGCUACCCUCCACAGAUGGGUGGACACGGUCACGGAAUGGACCAUCCACAACAUGGUCGACACCCGGGCCAGCCAGGCGGAAACUUUGGGAAUGGGUAUCCUGGUUCUCCUGCGAUGAACAUGCGGGGUGUACCCGGUGGCGGGCCUCCCUUGGGGCCAGGAGGGUUCCCUGCUGGAGGGCCUGCGAUGGCUAUGGGCGCUGGUGGUCCUGGGGGAAUGGGAGGCGGUGGUCCUGGGUCUGGGCAAUUCAACCCUAUGGUCCAGCACCAACAACAACCUUUCUAUGGUGGCGGUAAUCCUACCCCUGUGCCAAUGAGGAUGGGAACGAUUGGAGGUAUGAGUAUGGAGGAUCAGGGAUUGGGAAGACACCCUGGCAUGGGAGGUAUGGGCAUGGGAGCCGGUGGGAUGCCAAUGGGUGUUGGUGGUUCGCCUGCCAUGGCGAGGAGAAUGACACGGACUAUGACGGACGAAUUUGCCAUGAAUUGA